CCCCUCGGCCAGCCCCUGAGCCGGCGCGGGGAGCGCGCGGGGAGCAGAUUGCAGGGGCCGCGCGGCGGAGCGCCCGGGGCUGUCACCGCGGACGGGCCGCGCGCACCGACCCGGGACCGGGGCAUCUGGGGACUGCCGGCCGCCACCCCCGCGAUUUCCCCCGCCGGGGUCCUCGGAACCCGCUCCCCGGUGAGCACCCGCCGGGGCGGAGGGCAAUGUCUGCCGGGGCCCGCCGCGGUCCCCGGGGCAGCCGGGCGCAGCCGCUCGCGCCCCUCUGGUGCUUCUCCGCCGCGCUGGGGAUGCUGUGGUCCCCCGCCUCGCAGGCAUUCAACUUGGACGUGGACAAGUUCACGGUGUACAGCGGCCCCGAGGGCAGCUACUUCGGCUACGCGGUGGACUUCCACAUACCUACUGCUCGCACAGCGAGCGUCUUGGUGGGGGCGCCCAAGGCCAACACCAGCCAGCCAGACAUCGUGGAAGGAGGAGCAGUCUAUUACUGUCCUUGGCCGGCCGAGGGGUCUGUGCAGUGCAAACAGAUACCGUUUGACAACACCAACAACAGAAAGAUCAAAGUUAAUGGAACCAAGGAACCUAUAGAGUUUAAAUCGAAUCAAUGGUUUGGAGCCACCGUGAAAGCACACAAAGGGAAGGUUGUGGCCUGUGCUCCUUUGUAUCACUGGAGAACUCUUAAACCAACACCAGAAAAGGACCCCGUUGGCACUUGCUAUGUAGCCAUUCAGAAUUUCAGUGCAUAUGCUGAGUACUCUCCUUGUCGGAACAGCAAUGCUGAUCCUGAAGGCCAGGGUUACUGCCAAGCAGGAUUUAGUCUGGAUUUUUAUAAGAAUGGAGAUCUUAUAGUAGGAGGACCUGGCAGUUUUUAUUGGCAAGGUCAGGUGAUCACUGCCAGUAUUGCUGAUAUCAUUGCCAAUUACUCAUUCAAGGAUAUUCUAAGGAAAUUGGCUCGAGAAAAACAGACAGAAGUGGCUCCAGCCUCCUACGAUGAUACUUACCUUGGAUAUUCAGUUGCUGCUGGCGAGUUCACUGCAGACUCUCAGCAAGAAUUGGUUGCUGGAGUUCCAAGAGGAGCGCAGAAUUUUGGAUAUGUUUCAAUCAUCAACUCCACAGAUAUGACCUUCAUUCAGAAUUUCACUGGUGAACAGAUGGCAUCUUAUUUUGGGUAUACGGUUGCAGUAUCAGAUGUUAACAAUGAUGGAAUGGAUGACGUGUUGAUUGGGGCACCUCUCUUUAUGGAACGCGAAUUUGAGAGCAACCCUAAAGAAGUAGGACAAGUUUAUCUGUAUUUGCAAGUGAGCGCUCUUGUCUUCAGAGACCCACAGGUCCUCACGGGCACUGAGGUUUUCGGGAGAUUCGGUAGUGCUGUGGCACAUUUAGGAGAUCUGAACCAAGAUGGAUACAAUGACAUUGCCAUCGGUGCACCCUUUGCAGGCAAGGAUCAAAGAGGCAAAGUGCUCAUUUACAACGGGAACAAGGAUGGCUUAAACACCAAGGCUUCCCAAAUCCUGCAAGGAGUGUGGGCCUCACAGGCCGUCCCUUCCGGAUUCGGCUUUACUUUAAGAGGAGAUUCAGACAUCGACAAGAAUGAUUACCCAGAUUUAAUUGUGGGUGCGUUCGGAACAGGAAAAGUAGCUGUUUACAGAGCAAGACCAGUUGUGACUGUGGAUGCCCAGCUUCUGCUGCACCCAAUGAUUAUCAAUCUUGAAAAUAAAACUUGCCAGAUUCCAGAGGCUACGACAUCUGUGGCCUGCUUUUCUUUAAGAGUAUGUGCAUCUGCGGCAGGCCAGAGCAUUUCAAACACAAUAGGCCUGACUGUUGAGGUGCAAUUAGAUUCCCUGAAACAAAAAGGAGCCGUUAAACGCACGCUCUUCCUUGCUAAUCAUCAGCCACAUCUCGUCUUCCCUCUCGUGAUAAAGCGGCAGAACUCCUUCCAAUGCCGGGAUUUUGUUGUCUACCUUCGAGAUGAAACUGAAUUCCGAGACAAAUUAUCUCCAAUCAACAUUAGUUUGAAUUACAGUUUGGAUGACUCUACCUUUAAAGAUGGCCUGGAGGUGAAACCAAUAUUGGACCACUACAGGGAAAAUGUCGUCACGGAACAGGCUCACAUCCUGGUGGACUGUGGAGAAGACAACAUGUGCAUUCCUGACCUGAAGCUGUCAGCUAGACCAGAUAAGCAUCAGGUAAUCAUUGGAGAUGAAAAUCACCUUAUGCUCGCAAUCAACGCAAGAAAUGAAGGAGAAGGAGCCUAUGAGGCUGAACUCUUUGUGAUAAUACCAGAAGAGGCAGAUUAUGUUGGGAUCGAACGCAGCCACAAGGGACUGCGACCACUGAGCUGCGAGUAUAAGAUGGAAAAUGUAACCCGAAUGGUGGUGUGUGACCUUGGGAACCCUAUGGUGGCUGGAACAAAUUACUCUCUGGGCCUCCGAUUCACGGUUCCACGGCUUGAGAAAACCAACGUUAGCAUUAACUUUGAUCUCCAAAUCAAAAGUUCCAACAAGGACAACCCAGAUAGCAAUUUUGUGAGCCUGCAAAUCAACAUCACUGCCGUAGCUCAAGUAGAAAUAAGAGGAGUAUCCCACCCCCCACAGAUUGUUCUGCCCAUUCAUAACUGGGAACCAGAAGAGGAACCUCGCAAAGAGGAGGGAGUUGGACCGUUGGUGGAACAUAUUUAUGAGUUGCAUAAUAUUGGACCAAGCAGCAUCAGUGACACCCUGCUAGAGGUGGGCUGGCCAUUCUCUGCCCGGGAUGAAUUUCUCCUCUACAUUUUUCACAUUCAAACUCUGGGACCUCUGCGAUGUCAAACAAAUCCUGAUAUCAACCCACAGGAUAUAAAGCCCGCUGCCCCUGCGGAGGACACCCCCGAGCUGAGCGCCUUUUUGCGAAACUCCACCAUCCCUCACCUUGUCAGAAAGAGGGACGUGCCUGGGCCCGAGCUCCACAGACAGAGCCCUGCAAAAAUACUGAAUUGUACAAAUAUCGAGUGCUUGCAAAUCUCCUGCGCAGUGGGACGACUAGACGGGGGGGAAAGUGCCGUUGUGAAGGUCAGAUCACGCUUAUGGGCCAAGACAUUUCUCCAGAGGAAAAAUGAUCCCUAUUCUCUUGCAUCCCUGGUGUCCUUUGAAGUUAAGAAGAUGCCUUAUAGAGAUCAGCCAGCAAAACUCCCAGAAGGAAGCAUGGCAAUUAAGACAUCAGUUAUUUGGGCAACCCCAAAUGUUUCCUUCUCCAUCCCGUUAUGGGUAAUAAUACUAGCAAUACUUCUUGGAUUGUUGGUUCUGGCCAUUUUGACCUUAGCUUUAUGGAAGUGUGGAUUCUUUGACAGAGCAAGACCGCCCCAAGAUGAUAUGAAUGACAGAGAACAACUGACAAAUGAGAAAACCCCUGAUGCAUGAAAGGGAAAACCAGUGACCCAAAAACUCAAACACUGGUACUAUACAAAGACAAGGAGGAGCUUAAGGGUUAAAUAAGGGUUUUCCUAUACUUACCAGCAUCCCAGGAAAUGGAAGGGCCCCCAAAAAUAUCACCUCAUCUCCGCCACACUUUGGAGAAGUUGCCAUGGAGACCAGUGACCCUGGGAACUUGGGAAAGGAAACAUCCUCCACACUGUAGAAACAAUCGACGAUCAUGGAAGAUUUCUUUUGCUCAAGUCAUUCUGAAUUUGGCAUACACUUUGAAAUGAGUAUGAGAACUGAGGUUUCUUUCCAGGUCAAUCCAACUUAGAUCGCAAAGACGAAAUGUCUGAAUUACAAUAGAAUUUAGAAGGUGAACUAGGACCGAACCUUCCAACACUACUGUAUCCAGUGGAAUAUUUGACACCUCCCUAUGGAAAAGAAACAUUUCUAUUGACGUUCUGGCUCAGGGAGACAAGCAUAUGUUGUUGGUACUGUGAAAGUACUUUUGAAACGACAAAGAUAAUCUUGUAAGUGAGGAUAACAGUUUAUUUAUUUAUUUUCCAUUUCUCUAGGCUGACAUUCUGGUCAUCUAGAGGAUUUGGAAAUUAAGAUUUGGUUAGCUGGUUUUCAAAAUCACUCACUAACUUUCCUUCUAAGAUAACCAUUUUGUGCAGAAUAGAUCAUUUAACAGUUUCUUCAGGAUUUCAACAGUGUUAAGGCAAGGCAAAUUGGUAUUAGGAGACAGUUUCACUUAAUACCUUGCUGCCUUCUACCUGAAAUUACUUUUAUUCACACUUUCCAGGGUCUCACAUCUGCUUAAUUUAGCUUUGCAAAAAGUCACAUUUAUAUUUCCUUUUAUUUAAAAAAAAUCUUUCCAUUGGCUUAAUUAGCAAUACACAAACUUUAAUGUACUCUUGACCCUGUGGGGUGUUUAAAAGUGAUGAUAAAAUUUCUCAAGUUCAUUAAUAAAGAGGCAAUUUAACAAUAGGGGUAAACAUCAUUUUUAAUAUCUAUAAGAAGCAGCACCAAUAUUUAGCUUGGCUUUAAAUACCUAUUUACUAUACCUCAAACUUAUAUACACCGAGAAGACAUGUUAAACAUAAAUAGGGAGGAAAUACAAAAUUAUGCAGAUGUGAGAUGAACCUAGAAAACCGACUCCUAAGGAUUUUAUUUAGAAUUGCCUUUUCCAUCUUUACUAUUCAUUUUUACUGCUAACCUUUAUAGUACAUAACUUUGGAAAGUAAUCUUGAUUUAAGCUAUUUUCCCUUCAUCUUGAAUUUAACCAUCACAAAACUUGAUGUAUAAAACUCUUGUAAAUAAUGCAUAACCAUGUGUAAUACAAUUAUUUUUGAAGUAAAACUGACCAGCCAAGUUCAUAUAGUCUGCAAAGUUUUGUAAUCUUUUUAUGACAAUGAAAAAUUACUAUGAAGAAAUGCUGAGCAGAUUUUAUAUUUAUGUGCAAUAUUUUAUAGACCUAUGUAUCUCAAGCAUAUGUACACUGGCAUUAGUUAUUUUUAAUUAAUAUCCUGAAUAUUAAGUAUGAUAGAACAAGCAGACCAAAAUCCUUAAGUUUACAAAGCAGUUGGAAAAUUUGUAUCCCAAUUUCAACAAUCACACUUUAUUUGAAAGAUGAGCCAAACUCACAGACACUAAAUUUUCUGUCAUGCCUUAACCUGGAGACCAGCCAUUUGGCCACAUCUGCAGAGCUUCACUGGAAACCAAAUGAAAGGCAUAUGGAAGGAUACACGGGUGCAGUUCUAGUCUUCCUGCUUGUGAAUUAAAUCCUGUCACGGUAGCAGUUUCGAGUCUGUCAGAAACUGAAGUCUGGCUCCCAGGGUGUGUGGCUGACUGUGGGUGAGAGUUGCACGUGCCUCAAAGAGUUUGAGAGUCCCACACCAGCCUCUGGGGGUCUUAGGUGUCAGUCAUCUAGGAAGAACUGGUAUUACAAGGAGGUGGCAUCCAUAUGAUGUGCUUGGAGGAAUGCCAGACAGGUCUCUCGGCUCCCCAAAUGAUGCCCUAACUCUUGUCAUCGUGCCUGAUUUUUGGCCAAUCGAGAUUACCUCCUCAGGACUUUUGGUCAUAAAAGGUCCCUGAGAAAAUGCACCUGAUGCCUUUUAAGCUAACAUUUGUGAAGGAACUUGAAACUUUUAGUGCUAGAUAAAUGUAGGCCCCUGUGAGCCAGGUUGUACAGACACCUGGAGGAAACUAGAGAUGCCAGGAGCAAGACUGGGACCCAGAACAGAGCAAGGGAUGAGGGCUUCAGUGGCAAACUACACCUUCCUCACAGCCUCAGCCAAAAGUGGUCCCCCUCUAGAGGGAUGGGCACUGCUACCUGCAGGCUUUCACAGAUGGUGGUCACACACGCAACGGCCCUCUCGGCCACUUCAGAUGUGGAAGCAAAUGGAGGAAGAGGAACAACUGAGGUCAGGCGAACCUCCAGUCAUCAGUUCUUGAGUAUCCGUCCACAUGGAGAAUAUUCUAACAAUGCACUGAGUGGAUCUGCUUUUCAUAGCAUUGCCAAUCACUUUCAUAAUUCAUAAUAUGCCAAGCUCCUCUUAGAGUCUGUGUAUAUUUUAGAUAUCCCUCUUGAAAUUCUCACAGCUGGUUUUUAAGAUGUGGAAAAAUAGGCAAAUCAAGUUUUAUAAACUUGGAGAUUUUUAUAAGUAAACGACAUGGACUAGUCGCCACCGAAAUCCCACUCUGAACUCAACUCUUUUCUUGUUUUAUUUAAAUACUUGUAGAUAUCUGUGAAGAUUUUCAUGUAUCUAUUUACCUUGUCACUAAUAAAAUUAAAGACACGAUAACGUGUUUGUGGUUUGUUUCACAAGCAUUGUAAAGCUUUCCCACAAUGGCAGACAUCAAAAGCUUCUGUCUUUACACCUUGAUUCUUUAUUAUAAAAACGUUUAACAUUGGAAGAAAUUUGAAAGAGCAAAAAUAUGACACUCCUUCGGGAGGAUGAAAAUGUUCUCGACAGAUUGUGGUUCAUGUUUGUACAACUCCAUGAAUAUACUAAAAAACAUUGAAUUGUACACUUUAAAUGGGUGAGUUUUAUGGUAUGUGAAUUAAAUCUCAAUAAACAUGUUUAAAAAUUUAA